AAGACUAUAUCGAAGCUGAAACAGGAGAGACAAAAAAUGGUGCGUGGUCCACUCCUCCGCCUUUUAAACCCUCGCACUUUCCCAAUCCUUCGCAACGUCGCUGUGAUUGCGCACGUCGACCAUGGCAAAACCACACUUCUCCGUCAAUGCAUCGCCGAUGAACGCGCCAUGGAUUCUAUCACUAUCGCUUCUAAGGCCAAAAUUUGCAGAACUCAUCACCAAAUUUGCCACCAUUUCCUUAGAUUCUCUUCAGGAGUGUCCUAUAAACCACUUGAAGAAUCCAUAAAAAUAGCAGUGUCCCAAAAAACAUAUGAACAAAUUCCAGACCUCCUUACAUAUUCAGAAAAAUCUUGCAACAAACAGAAUCCCUUCUUAUUUCUUUCCUCAUUGACAUUAAGCCAUAGAACCCGAAUAGUUGAUGAAAUGUUACAAUCUUUCAUCCCUCUUAAACCGCAUUGCCGUCUCAAAACUACUUAUCACUAUCUGCUGUCUUACACCCUUCAAAGCUCCCACCCUUUUCCUCUUGCUCUUGCAAUACUCCAACGUACACUUCGUUCCGGCUGUACCCCGGUUCCUCAGACCCACCUCUCUCUUUCUGCUGCUUGGAUUCAUCAGCAACGUCAACUCGAGUCAGUGCCCAGUAUUCUUCUAGGCAUGAAAUCAAUUGCGUAUUGCCCUGAUUCUGGAACUUGCAACUUUGUCAUCAGAUCACUUUGUGCUGUUGAUCAGUUAGAAGAGGCUGUUGAGGUGCUAAGGGGGAUGAGUGAAGUAGCAUGUGUUCCUGAUGCAGAGAGUUACUGUACUAUUAUAGACGCAUACUGUGAAUUGCGGAAGACAAAUAAUGCAGUCGUGAUGAUGAAGGAAAUGGUCAGGAAACUAAGGUUGUCGCCGAGGCAAGGAACAUUGGUUAGGCUUGCGGCAUCAUUACGUGCCAACAAGGAGAUUUGGAUCGCGGCUGAGAUGAUCGAGUUCCUAGAGAAGAAAGGAUUUCAUGUUGGGUUUGAGAGCUAUGAGCUUGUGGUUGAGGGUUGUUUGGAGUGUAACAAAUUCAUUUUGGCUGGAAAGAUGACGAUGAUGAUGACGGAGAAAGGGUACAUACCGUAUAUAAAGGUCAGGCAGAAGGUGGUUGAGGGGUUGGCUGGAGUUGAUGAGUGGAAGCUUGCUUGUGCAGUAAGACACAGAUUUGCAGAAAUGAAUUCAUAGGUUUUGCCACUGAAGUUGAAGGAAGGAGAAGAGGCGCAAAGCACAACAAAGACAUAUGAUAUAUGCGUUGGAGUCAUUGCAUACUGCCUUGAAAAGAGAGAUGAUGGAGCAGUUCGGGUUUACAUCAUGACAUUGUGUCUGUUGGCACCCUAUCGUGGCUUAGGUGUUGGCACAAAGCUUUUGGACCAUGUACAUGAACUCAGUGCUAAGCAGAACAUCUCUGAGGUUUACUCAACCGCGGAUGCUAUGGCUAACAAAGCAAAAACAAUCUGCUUAUCGAUUCAUCAAUGGAGCGAAACCAAGGUAGGAAAUGCUCAUGAAUACAUGACUGCAAAAUUUGUUUUUAUAAUCAAGAGGAAGAGAGAAUUUUCGGCAAGGACUAAGGGUGAUCAAGAGGGUGAUCCAUAUGAAGAUCACAUCUGAUGGCUAGUUGGCAAGAAAGUGGAUAAGUUCCUUGGGAUUAUAAGGGCGGCGACUUUGAUGAUGAGGGUAUGUUGAAAGGACAUGAGGACACAUUGAUAUUAAUGUCGAAUUUUGGCUUUGAAGUCGCGGUUUUUUGUUUAUGAUCUUCUUUGAUGGGUGGUGAGUCUAAGGUUGAGACUUGUCUAUGUGUAAUAGUAGAAUCGGCCAUUUUUGUUUGUCUUUAUUUUAAGUAUAACAGGCGAUUUGAUUAUUGUAGGUGUUAAAUAGAGAUUAUAUGGAUAGUUUAUUUUCUGGUGAAGUUGCUUCGAAUCUCAUAGUUGAAAGACAAAUUUUGCAUUUCUUGUCAAAUGAAGCUGAUGAGGUGACUUCUUUUGUUA